CGGGGCGGGCGGGGGUCCGCGACCCGGCCGGGCUGGGCCUGGGCGGGGUCAAGGCGGGGCACCUCGGGCCCGCCCAGCUGGGGUCGGCACCGCCCGCCGAGUCCCGUGACGCUGGUCCGAGAGCGCGGGUCACGAGUGCCAGCGUGGCCGACGGCGGUGGCGGCGGCGGCGACGACAUGGCUUCGGAGCUGGACGUGCGCGCCCGGCUGCAGCGCGCCGGCCAGGAGCACCUCCUGCGCUUCUGCGCCGAGCUGGCGCCGGGGCCGCGUGCCGCGCUGCUGGCCCAAUUGGAGCCCCUGGAGCCCGAGGCGCUGCGCGAGCACUGCCGGCGCGCGGCCGCCGCCUGCGCGCGCCCCCCGGCCCCCGCGCCUGACCUGGCCGCGCGCCUGCGGCCCCUGCCUCCCGAGCGCGUGGGCAGCGCGAGCGGGGUCGCCCCCCAGACGCGGCGGCUCUGGGAGGAGGAAGGUUUCCACCAGAUCGCCCUGAACAAGGUGGCCGUGCUGCUGCUGGCUGGUGGGCAGGGCACUCGCCUGGGCGUGACCUACCCCAAGGGCAUGUAUCAGGUGGGGCUGCCCAGCCAGAAGACCCUGUAUCAGCUGCAGGCAGAACGGAUUCGGCGGGUGGAGCAGCUGGCUGGCGAGCGCUAUGGGACCCGCUGCACCGUGCCCUGGUACAUCAUGACCAGUGAGUUCACGCUGGGGCCCACAGCCAAGUUCUUCAAGGAGCAUGACUUCUUUCACUUGGACCCCAACAACGUGGUCAUGUUUGAACAGCGCAUGCUGCCUGCUGUGACCUUCGAUGGCAGGGCCAUCCUGGAGCGGAAAGACAAGGUUGCCAUGGCGCCAGAUGGCAACGGGGGCCUGUACUGCGCGCUGGCGGACCACCAGGUCUUAGAGGACAUGGAGCGGCGCGGAGUAGAGUUUGUGCACGUGUACUGUGUGGACAACAUCCUGGUGCGACUGGCCGACCCGGUCUUCAUCGGAUUCUGCGUGCUGCGGGGUGCCGACUGUGGAGCCAAGGUGGUGGAAAAGGCGUCCCCCGAGGAGCCGGUGGGCGUGGUGUGCCAGGUAGACGGCGUCCCGCAGGUGGUGGAGUACAGCGAGAUCAGCCCCGAGACGGCCCGGCUGCGUGCGCCCGGAGGGGGCCUGCUCUACAACGCGGGCAACAUCUGCAACCACUUCUUCACGCGAGACUUUCUCCAGAUGGUCACCAGGGAGUUCGAGCCCUUGCUGAAGCCACACGUGGCUGUGAAGAAGGUCCCCUACGUGGACGAGGAGGGGAAUCCAGUAAAGCCACUCGAGCCCAACGGGAUAAAGAUGGAGAAGUUCGUGUUUGAUGUGCUCCCGUUUGCCAAGAACUUCGUGGCCUUCCAAGUGCUGCGGGGGGAGGAGUUCUCCCCUCUAAAGAACGCUGACUCGGCUGAGAGAGACAACCCCUCCACGGCGCGGCGGGCCCUGCUCGCUCAGCACCACCGGUGGGCCCUGCAGGCGGGAGCCCACUUCCUGGACGCACAUGGGGCCCGGCUCCCCGAGCAGCCCAGGGACUGGAGGUGUACCUGCAAGGCCGGGAGUUCGAGUCCCCGCUCAUCCUGGACGUGGACACGGCCAGGACACUGCAGGCCUGACUCCCUCCUAGACCUGCCAGCUCCGGGGUCCCCAAGGCUGAGGAUGCAGCCCCGGCCUGGGCUCCAAGGAGGAAAGCAGGCUGCUCUGAGUUCUGGCUGCAGAACAUGGACCACAGAAGGCGGCAGGUGUGCAGCGUCUGCCCCUCCCUCCCUGGCAGCUGAACCUGGGGGCCGCAGCCCAGCCCCCUUCCGCGCCCGGCUGAGACCGACAGCAGGUCGGGAUGGCUCUCCGGAAGCUUGGCCUGCACGCCUGGCACUGAGUUCUCUGGAGUUCCGCCCGAGGCCUCAGCCUUCAGGAGCCAGUGGGACCGGUGCCGAUGCUGGAGGCUCCCGUGGUGGUCGAUUAGUCUGGAGUUUAACCAGGAGGGGCGCGCCGUCCCCGCCCAGCCUGCCGGUGGCUUCUGACAGAUCCCGGGGCUCACGCUCCGCCCCUGCUCUGUGGGGAGGGGUGGGGGGCGCAGCCUCCGUAUUUGGGGCCAUGGCCCCCUUGCUGCACCCCCGCAGCCUGGCCGAGGCAGGGAGAAACCAGCUGGCUCUGGUCUCUUGCCCCUGGCGUGGCUGCUCGGGGCCCCAGUGCCCACUUCCCCGUCUGGAGGGCAGCACAGCGGCACCUGCCUCUUCCUGCUGAUGUGAAGAGCAUCCUGAAACGCGGCCCGCUGCUUAGCCGAGGCCGCCUGCCCCCUUGCCGCCCCGCAGUCCGCGCGCGGCCAUGCUUUCCCCGGGAAGGCUGCUGUCCGGCGGCGGGUCCAGAGGCGGUGAUCCCUCCAGCGACUUGGAGUGGACGGGGGCUGCGUCCACGCCUCCCGGCCUGGGUGUGAUGGCGGGGUCAGGGCCACGCCCAAGGCCCGCAGGACGACUUUGCAUCCAUCCAGGCUCUGCCGCGCUUUUAAAGCCUCAGAAUCGAACCUUGUGCCUUAGUUUCCUUCUCCCCGCUGCUCCACAGGCAAGCAGAGGGCCUGGGGCAGAGGAGGGUCGCCAAGGGGGAGGCCGAGGUUGAGGCUCCCGCCACGGCCCAGGGGCUCCUCACUGCCACACCAGGACACCCAGCAACCUUUUUUCUACACAAGUAGAGCUAGUUGGGUAAACUGUUGAAGCAGCUCGCUUUCGAAAAACCUUUUUUUUUUCACGUGAAGUUUCACACAUGGCACAGAGGGGUCCGGGGUACCCUGCACCGAGUUUCCUGCAAUGCUUGCAUCUUCCGUGAUGCUAGGACACUGUGACCAGGAGACCCUGCUUGUGCUGAGUCCUUUCUCACAGGUGAGGCUCCCUGUGCCCGCUUUGCACUCAGGGGGCAGCCCGGUCGGUGGGUCCCUUCGCCACAAGGGCCUCCCUCCUGCUCCCUUGAGGGCCACACGCCCCCACCAUCUCUAACCCAGACGGCCGCUAGCGAAGCAAUUGAGUUGGAAGACGGCAAACCCUCGAUUUUCCACGGAAUGUGGGGAUUUCCAAUAAACACGAGGUGCUGUGAUGCAGCCCGGCCUGGUGACCGCGGUUUCUGACCAACACGUGUGGGAGCAGCACCGGCUGUUCUGAGGGCUGCGUCCACCCAGGGGCUGCAGCCCGCUGGGCCCUGUGGGAACAAGAGCCCACAGGCUGUGCUGACCCCGCUCUGGACUAGCCAGGAAUCUCCCCCAUGCUCCGUCUAGCUCUUUCCCAGGGUCUCAGGGGAGCCCGAGGUGACCUGGUGGGUCUGGCACCCUGGGGGCGGGCCCAGAACAUGCCAUUUGAACCAGGCCUCGGGGGUGGGGGGCUCCUGUGCCCUCAGGUUUGACAGCCUGUGACUCACCUUCCUGCACAUGCAUCCUCCAGAUACCACCGUUUCCCUGGUAACUCAUUGCGCAGGGUGGGGUGCAUGAGGACGUCGCUGGAACUGCCAGCAGAGCUGUGUGUGGGAGAAGACCCGAAGAGACCCCAGGGAUGACCCCUAGAAGGGAAGGGGCAGGAUGGGAGGAAGAUCUUUCUGGAGCAGGUUCAGACAAGCCUAGGUGCUGAGCAGUAGGUGCGCGUGCGGGGGAGCCUCCUGAGGCCCAGAACUGUCACAGCUGAGAAGGCAGGAAGCAGUGGGCUCCCCACGGAGGGAGUGGGCAGCCAGGCCUGCAAAGCACCAGGGAGGGGCCCUGAGCUGAGGGAGGCCUGAAGGGGGAGCUUGCUUGACCCUGGGCCCCCCACUCAUCCCUGAACAGGAGGAAGGCGACAGCCCAGCCAAGGAGACUUGUCACCACCCUGAACUCUGUUUCCUCCCAUGGACUUUCCCACAAGUGAAACGUCCCAUUUUCUUCCGCAAAGUAAUGGUCCUGUGCUUCUCUGCACUUGGCUGUGGUUAGCCAUAGUUUGCACGUCCUGAAUUCUAAUUCCUCUGCUAUUCCCAGAUAAACUCAUUUUGCUGGUAAAAUAACUAGCUGCUUUACUUGUAAAGUGGACAUUACUUGGUGUCCAAAGGUGGGGUCUGAAGGAGGCAAACCCUGGGGGCUGACAGCCCUGCCGCCACAUGCCCUUGGCCAGUCUCCUCUGGUAUUCAGGCCCUCCUUCUCGUUGAGCUCUCUGGCUUUAUUUGGGAUCUAUCUGUUCUGUUUUUUUGCAUUUGGGGAAGGCUCUGUCCUUUUGCUGAAUACUUGUUCGUUCUCCUUAUUGGAAAUGUGCUGGAAUUUUCCUAAAACUCCUUUGGGGUCGUGUUAUUUAGGAUCUUCUCUUUUGCUCUCGAGAAAACCUCUGAGAAAUGCGGUCCCAGUCAUCUCAAUGCCGUAAGUGCAGCCCCUCUUCAGGAACCUCCGCUGGUUUCAUGUUUAAAAACUAUGGCCCCU